AAGCUAACGGCUUUGACAAGCCACACGAUUUCUCCCAUUUGUCAUAUUUACAAACAAACAAACAAAUAAACUACAAAAAUUCUUCUCUUAAAUAAAUCCCAUUAUCCAUUUUCAGCUUGGCAUUACCGUUUUGUUCAAAUAUGAAAGUUUUGUGAAUCUUUUGAGCCUGAUCUUGUGUUGAAAUGAUGAUGUUGCCUGUAUGCUCAGCCACCUCGAGUUGUUCAUCUCAUUCAUUGAUUUCUUUCCAUGGAGGUUUGCGGUCCUGUUCUCCAUUCAAGAAGGAUUUUGAAUCUAGAUGUUUUGUGGAAGACGGCAUUGAUUUGGGCUUGACAAAUGGAAUCCAUCUCCAGAGAAUUUCCUUUAAAACACAAGCUACAAAGUCUUUAUUUUCUGGUUUUGUCGAAAACACUCAACCAGUCCCUGUAGAUUUCAUUAAUUCCUGUCCAAGUGAAUUAGAUGGCGUUAAAUGCAAGCCAUCUGAUGUAUGGAGUUCUUCAGUUGGAGCGAUAAAUGAGCUGCAACCUAUGGAAAGUGGAGAGCUAAAAUACGUAGACACUUCUGGUGUACCUGCUGUGGAAGAGGGACUCAAGGACUUUACAAACCAGAUGACUAAAAAUGCAGACACGUUGAUGGGACCAGUGGAACCUGAAACCGUGUCAACCAUUGAAUUGACACCUGAGAAUACUGCCCCAAUAUCUGACUCCCUGGAUAUAGAUAGUAAUCCGGUAUCCAAUGUAAAAAGCAGUUUUGAUGAUUUUCUUGCUCGGGCUAGUGAAACCUUUAGUUCUUCAUUAAAUAAAGGAGAGAAUACUGUGAAAAACUCACUAGAUACAAUUACUUCAUCAAUAACAUCUGUCAAAAAAAGUGCUUCAGAAGUAGUUGAUAAUGCUCUUGGUGGGGUGUUUUCAUCUGUUGAUCAAACGGGAGACUUAGCUGGCAAUAAGUUGACGGGUUUUUCAACUAACUUGACAGAAGCCUCAAGCAAAGUAACUGUUGUUGCCAUUGAUGUGUUGAGACGCACAAUUGUUAUGUUGGAAGAUUCUAUAGUAAAUGGGGCUUCUUUGGUUGUCUACUAUUAUGGCACCACUAAGGAAAUGCUUCCUCCAGAGAUCAGGGAUGCUCUUAAUUUAUCUGAAGAGAGAGCAAGUGAAAUCGUGAGACCUGUUGGGUCAGCUUUUCAACAGGUUUCCAUUGCUGUUAAGGGAUUGGAAAGAAGUAUUGGCUUGGAUCCGAACGAUCCUAUUGUUCCAUUUGUUCUUUUCCUGGGAAGCUCUGCUACUUUGUGGGUUUUUUAUUGGGUGUGGACAUAUAGUGGUUACUCGGGAGAUUUAUCUCCUAAGUUAACUUUGGAGCUUUUAACAGGAAAGGAGAAUGCUGUUCUGAUUGAUGUCCGGCCUGAGGUUAUGAGAGAAAGAGAUGGUAUUCCUGAUCUUAGAAGAGGAGCUCGAUAUCGCUAUGCAAGUGUAUAUUUACCUGAGGUUGAUGGCACAGUAAGGAAAGUGUUGAGAGGUGGAAGAGAGCUUGAUGACUCCUUAACUGCUGCUGUCAUUUCUAACUUGAAAAUAGUUCAGGACAGGUCCAAGGUUAUAGUAAUGGAUGUUGAUGGUUCUCGUUCCAAAGGCAUUGCAAGAUCAUUGAGAAAACUUGGAAUUAAGAGACCCUACAUGGUCCAAGGCGGUUUUCAGUCUUGGAUAAAAGAGGGUCUCCGAAUUAAGGAGCUGAAAGUUGAGACGGCACUGACCAUACUAAAUGAGGAUGCCGAGGCAAUCCUAGAAGAUAUCAAGCCUUCUCCAUUGAAAGUUCUUGGGUUUGGUGUGGGAGCUGUUGCAGCAUUAUAUGCGCUAUUAGAGUGGGAGAAGACAUUGCAAUUUAUUGGUGUUGUUGGCCUCGGUCAGACUAUUUAUCGGCGGGUUGCUUCAUACGAGGAUGCUAAAGAUUUUAGAGAAGAUGUCAAGCUGCUGCUAACUCCUGUUAGACUUGGAGGUCAAGCGUUUUCAUGGGCUGCCGGAAAAAUAGAAACAAACCGCCCUGGACUACCAACAUCGCCUUCAUCCAUAGAUGUUCAAAACCGGGUGUUGCAGGCUGCCGCCAAGCAUCAAUCUCAACCAUCUGAUACCGAUGGAAUCCAAGAACCAUCUUCUGAACCGGCGGCUCAAAUGAACGAGAAUGUCUCUGAAGCAUAGGGGUGAGUUUUUCAGUUUGAGACCUCAACUUUUACCUCACAUCAAAAUGUGAGAGCUUGGCUGAGUUGUAUUCUGGUUGAAUGCAAGUUAACUUGAAUGGCUGAUCUACAGUAAAUAAAUAACUCUAUUUUGAGACUAACCUUUUGUACAAACCUCAUGAAUCAAUUUUUUAUUUUUUACUAGAUCAAUAAAGCUGAGUUUUGUACAUUUCAUUAAA